GCGACGCUGCAAAGAUGGAUGUUGAAGGGAACCUAAACAUUCAUAUAAAUAUCACCUGGAAGGACAAUGUAACAGGUAUAGGGUUAUCUUAACACACGAGAUUCUGAUGACAAGAUUUAAUUUCAUUUCCUUUUACUACAUGCAUCAAUAGCUGACCCUUGUUUACUGCAGAACUCCAUAUAACUUGUUGAAAGUGAAACUUGUCAGAUCAAAGUAGUCCUGCAUGUAACCUAAUGAUCUGAAACCACGUAAUAACGUGUGGAAUAUUUUUUAAAAAUAGAAAUACCCAAUAUACAGACCACAUCUUCCUCGUGUACUAUACCUUACAAGGUCGUGCGUGAAAGCACCGCAAAAUUUGUGACGUGUGACCCACUUCGGGAAGCUUGUCGGUGGAGCUGAUUGAAACAAGGUCUCGAAACGUCGGGCCACCAAACUCCACGCACCCAGGAUGACUCAUACUUUCAUAACCUGCACAACACCGGGAUAUGAAAGGGUUUCUUCCUUGAUCAAUUUAGCAGGUAGCUACCAUCUCGCCUUAAACACAUUCCGUUGACACGCGGGAUAAACGAGGAUGUGGGUGGUGACAGACUUCUACAAGUGACUCUCUCUCUCUCUCUCUCUCUCUCGCCCUCCUUGCUUUGUUCAAACAGCUUCCAUGCCCUGCUCGAUCUUCUUAGGACCAUCCACAGCCAGCGCCAACGAUCCUGCAAUUUCACUGUUAUUCGUGCAAUCGACUGUGCAAGAUGCCUCGAUACCAUGAUCGCGACAGAAGAGAGAGGCGUUCUGACAGGGGUGGAGGCUAUCGGAGUGGUGACCCCUAUCUCAGUAGCAAUCUGUACAAUCGAGGUGGGGGAGGUGAUGCCGGACUUAUCGAUGCAGGCGGUACGCGCUUGUACAUUGGCCGGCUCUCCAGCAGAACAAGGAGUCAGGAUCUUGAGGACCUUUUCACAAAGUAUGGAAGAGUUCGAGACGUGGAUAUGAAGCAUAACUUCGCCUUCGUUGAGUUUCUGGAUGCCCGAGAUGCUGAUGAUGCCAGACACUAUACGAAUGGGAAGGAUUUGGAUGGAAGUCGACUGAUUGUAGAAUUUGCUAGGAGGCGCGUGAUGGAACAGGGACCUCGAGGUCUAGGCGGGGCUAGAGAAUACCUUGGAAGAGGCCCGCCCCCUGGUACUGGGCGCUGCUACAAUUGUGGAAAUGAGGGUCAUUGGGCUAGAGAUUGCAAAGCAGGUGACUGGAGGGACAAAUGCUAUCGUUGCGGCAAACGUGGCCACAUUGAGCGUAACUGCCGAGACAGCGCCUUAGCAAAUAGCAGCCUUUCACGCUCUCGCUCCCGAUCUCCUCGGGGGCAUGGCAAACCUCACAAAUGUUUCUCCCAGAGUCGAAGUCGCAGCUACAGCCGCUCUCCGGCUAGAAAAGACCGCAUGAACCCUUCGAAAGAUCCCCACAAAGGCUCUCUUCAUAGCAAGAGCAGGAAACUCUCACCUCCACCGAAGGAAACUCGGAGCACUUCUGCCAGUCCUGUGGGAGGUGGUGCUUUGAGUGCAAGCCAAAGCCAUGUUGCCCAAGGCAGCCUGAGUCCAGAGCCUCCUCAAGUCGACGCAACCCCUCUUCUUGUACAAGAAUCGAAGACCCAGAGUCUAAGCCGUAGUCCGGAAUUGAUGGAAAAACCUGACAAUACUUCUAAGGCUAAUUCUGAGACUAUAAGUCCAGCUAUCUCUGAGGGAGAUUAAUUCGAUUCUAUUACCAUAUCCAAUGAAGCGGAUGCAAUGGGGAUUGCAUAUCAACUUUAAAUCUAGAGCUACAUCUGAUCCUGGCUCCAGUCAAGGACCCAGAUGAUCCAAUUCUUGUGCACGUCUAGUGCAGAGUCUGCUUUAAAAUGCAAUGUCCAGCAAUUGCACGGGACAAAAAUGGUUUUCUGAAUAAUCUUAUCUCCUCAGAGUAAAUAGGAAAUAAUAAUAAUAACAAUAAUAGAACUAUGUUACUUAAUUUGAGCAAUCACGCAUCUUUCAAAUGA